CUUCCCCUGCAGCGCCGCGUUGUCCUCUCCGCCUGGGGCGAGCCGGCUAGUCUCGCGCUCUCUGCCUCGCAGCUGCGCGGGAUCUGGGUGACACGGGCUGCGGAAGCCGGAGCCGUGCAGAUCGCGUCUCUGUCUCCUUUCCUGUCGCCUGUCUCCCCUUCUGCUCUUCUCUCCGCCUCGUCAGGCUCGGCUAAGAGUGAGUGGCAAGAUGGCGGCGCCCAGGAUGCCACCCUCCCGGCUGUCGGGCGUCAUGGUGCCAGCACCCAUCCAGGACCUGGAGGCCCUGCGCGCCCUCACGGCGCUCUUCAAGGAGCACCGUAACCGGGAAACAGCACCCAGAACGAUCUUCCAGAGAGUCUUGGAUAUCUUAAAGAAAUCUACUCAUGCUGUUGAGCUAGCCUGCAGGGAUUCUUCCCAAGUGGAGCACCUGGCUUCCAGUCUUCAGCUAAUCACGGAAUGCUUCAGAUGUCUUCGGAAUGCUUGUAUAGAGUGUUCUGUGAACCAGAAUUCAAUCAGGAACCUGGAUACAAUUGGUGUUGCCGUUGAUUUGGUUCUUCUCUUUCGUGAACUUCGAGUGGAACAAGACUCUUUGUUGACAGCUUUUCGUUGUGGCCUGCAGUUUUUAGGCAACAUUGCGUCACGGAAUGAAGAUUCCCAAUCCAUUGUUUGGGUCCAUGCUUUCCCAGAACUCUUUAUGUCUUGCUUAAAUCAUCCAGACAAAAAGAUUGUUUCCUACUGUUCAAUGAUUUUGUUCACAUCUCUUAAUCCUGAAAGAAUGAAAGACCUGGAAGAAAACCUCAAUAUUGCCAUUAAUGUCAUAGAAGCUCACCAAAAGCAUCCAGAGUCUGAAUGGCCGUUCUUGAUUAUUACAGACCACUUUCUGAAAAGCCCAGAGUUGGUGGAAGCCAUGUAUUCCAAACUCAGCAACCAGGAAAGGGUUACACUGUUAGACAUUAUGAUAACCAAGCUAGUGGGUGACGAGCAGCUGACAAAGGAUGACAUCUCUAUAUUUUUGCGUCAUGCUGAGUUGAUUGCAAACUCAUUUGUGGAUCAGUGUAGGAAUGUGUUACAGUUGAUCUCAGAACCUCACACCGAGGAUAAGGAAGCACUGGCUACUAUUCGACUUCUGGACGUCUUGUGUGAAAUGACAUCCAACACUGAGCUUUUGGGCUACCUGCAAGUUUUUCCUGGACUGAUGGAACAAGUGAUUGAUGUUUUACGGGUGAUUCAUGUACUUGGAAAAGAUACCUCAAACAUCUUCAGUCCCUCUGAUUCUCUAAAAGCAGAAGGUGACAUUGAACACAUGGCUGAAGGGUUUAAAUCUCAUCUCAUUCGUCUGAUUGGAAAUCUGUGUUACAAGAAUAAAGAAAACCAAGACAAAGUGAACGAGCUAGAUGGCAUUCCUCUGAUCCUGGACAGCAGCAACAUCGAUGACAACAACCCCUUUAUGAUGCAGUGGGUGGUGUAUGCUGUGCGAAACCUCACUGAAGACAACAGCCAAAACCAAGAUUUCAUUGCAAAAAUGGAGGAGCAGGGCUUGGCAGACGCAUCUCUGCUGAAGAAAAUGGGUUUUGAAGUUGAAAAGAGUGGGGAGAAACUGAUUCUGAAGUCUAAUAAUGACAUCCCCCCACCUUGAGUGACCUCUUCAUCUGAACAUGUCCAGAUUCCAUCUCAUGGAUCUCUCAUCUCUGCAGUAUAUGAAAUCUCAAGUAUUGGAAAUGUAGAGCACAGAUGUGGGAAUCUCUCAGUCCUUUAGAGUUCAAUGUGUGUAAGCUACAAGUGGACGUUUCUUUUUUUCUUAGCAGUAAGUGUAACUUGGCCUCACCUUUGUCCCCUUGGGUAGAGCGCGCUUUCCAGUCAUAUACUUGUGCUUACUGUUGUAGUGGAUAAUAAACAUUUUUGAGGGCAUAGCCCUUACUUGGCAAA